AUGCCAGACUUUCAGUUGGGAUCUCACACAUUAAAAUCUCAUGGAGUCAAAGUGGCUAAAGUGCACAAAUAUGAUUGGUUAAUUCUUCUGCUUCUUGCGGCGGUAGAUAUAACUUUGAAUGUUAUAGAGCCUUUUCACCGUUUUGUUGGCGAGGAAAUGAUGACUGAUCUGAAAUACCCUUGUCAUAAGGACACCAUACCUUUAUGGGCUGUUCCAAUUUACGCAGUAAUCUUGCCUCUUGUCAUCUUUCUCCUGUACUAUUUUUGCAGAAAGGAUGUUUAUGAUUUACACCAUGCCAUAUUGGGUCUUUUCUAUUCUGUUCUUAUAACUCUUGUUAUAACCGAUUCAAUCAAAGAUGCUGUUGGUCGCCCCCGUCCAAACUUCUUCUGGCGGUGUUUCCCUGAUGGAAUAGGUGAAUUUGAUCCUGUCAGUGGCAAUGCUAUGUGUAAUGGAGAUAAGAAAGUUAUCAAGGAAGGACAUAAAAGCUUUCCUAGUGGGCAUACUUCAGUUUCAUUUGCAGGUCUUGGUUUCCUUGCAUGGUAUUUGUCAGGGAAAAUUAAAGUGUUUGAUCGUAGGGGCCAUUCUGCAAAGCUCUGCAUUGCAUUUCUUCCGUUACUCUGCGCUGCUCUUGUGGGAAUCUCUCGUGUGGAUGACUACUGGCAUCAUUGGCAAGACGUCUUUGCUGGAGGUCUUAUAGGAAUUACCAUAGCUUCAAUUUGUUACUUGCAGUCCUUCCCUCUUCCAAACCAGCACGAUGGUGCGUCUGCUGUCUUAAGCACCUCAUGCAUAUUUUUCCAUGCUGGCUGCAGAGAGGAAUGGUGGCCUGUCCAUGUCCCCAGCCACAAGGGCUAA